AUGGUCUGUGGUUCUAAUCAGUUCAUAUGGAUGAUUUUAUUCCAGGUUGUGAUUAUGGAUUCUUCUAACGCUUCUAAUUCGAACACCUCAAACACUACAUCUGGGUCGAUGCUGCCGCAAUCUUCUACUCAGACUCAAAAUAAAGAUCCAGCAUGGAAAUGGGCUACAUGCAAAGAUCCUGCAUUUCCAAAGAAAUUAAGUUGUGUGCUUUGUGACAAAGAAAUGCGUGGUGGUGGAAUUACUAGGCUUAGGGAGCAUCUCACACAGGUCAAGGGGAAUGUUUCAUCAUGUUUGAAAGCAACAGUUGAAGUUAUAAAUGAAAUUAGACUUACUGACAAUAUAAAGAAGUUAAAGAAAGCUCAUAGGGAGAAUAUUGAUGUUAUGUAUCGGCGUACACAAUCUGAUGAGAAUUCUGAUGCUGAUAAUGAGGUACAAGAAGUUGAAAAGGAUUCCAAUGUAGACAGCCGUAGUUGUAGUCAAGUAGCUGUUCAGAAUCAGAUAAAGAGAAAAUUCAAGAGCCAAAGUAAUUGUAGGGGUCCAAUGGAUUUACUCAUGCAGACAGACCACCAAAAAACUCAGCAACCCACUCUUGACAGAAACAGUUCAGCGAAAGAGAAGUUAAAGAAGGAUGCAUGGAAAAGCAUUUCAGCUUGGAUGACUGAGAAUUCUAUAUCUUUUAAUAUUGUUCGUUGUCCAACUUUCCAAGAAAUGGUCUAUGCAAUUGGUGAAUAUGGGAAAGCUAUGCCCGCGCCAUCUUACCAUCAGAUUCGUUCAAAUCUUUUCAAGGAACAGUUAGAAGAAACGAAGAAUUUUGUUGAUACAUUUAGGUCCGUAGAUGCGUCAAAUAGAACCAAUGAUGCUGAUUUCAUACGUGAGCUUGUAAAGGAGGUAAUUGAUGAUGUUGGGAAAGAAAAUGUAGUUCAGUUCAUUACCGAUAAUGGUUUAAACUUUAAAAAGGAUGGGAAGGAUUUAAUGCUUGAAUACCCAAAUCUAUUUUGGACUCCUUGUGGUGCUCAUUGUGUCCAGUUGAUGCUAGAAGAACUUGGUGACAAGCUUACACGAAUCAAGAGAGCCGUCAUUCUAGGUAAAAGACUUGUUACAUACAUUUAUGCUCAUUUUCAAGUAUUAUGCUUAAUGAGGGAUUUGACAGGUAGAGACUUACAUAGGUCUACAAAGACUAGGUUUACAACUCAAUAUUACACACUAGAAAGUAUUCAAAAGUAUAAUACUCCUUUACAAAUGAUGUUUGUGAAUGAUACAUGGGAAAAAACUAGAUUUUCAAAAGAAAAUGUUGGAAUUAAUGCACUUAAAAUUGUCACAAGUAGUACAUUUUGGGAAGAUGUUGAUUACUCUUGUAGAGUGCUGAAGCCUUUAGUUAAGGUUGUAAGGUUAGUGGAUAUUGAGCGCAAACCUACAAUGCCUUCUUUUUAUGAUGCAAUGAGAAUAACAAGGGAUCAACUGGAGGAUAAUUUCAGAGAAGAUGAUGAUACUUGGGCUGUAAUUAAGGCUUGCUUUGAGAAAAGAUGA